CUAUUGUCGUCGAAAGGAGGAAUUAUAAUUUAAAAAUAAAAAUAAAAAUAAUUAGGGUUUGCUUUUGGUGCUAUAUAGCCAUGGACAGCGCCGUCGCCAUUUCCCUUCCCUUGCGCCAGCCUCUCACAGCCUCAAGCUUCCUCUUCAGUGGAAUUUUGCACUGUGAAUUAUCUGAGAUAAAAGUCAGACAAGAUGCAGAACGAAGAGGGGCAAAACAUGGAUCUCUACAUCCCCAGGAAGUGCUCUGCUACAAACAGGCUGAUCACCUCCAAGGACCAUGCUUCUGUCCAAAUUAAUUUUGGGCAUUUAGAUGAGAGUGGUCGAUAUACGGGCCAAUUCUCUACCUUUGCUCUCUGUGGAUUUAUUCGUGCACAGGGUGAUGCUGACAGUGCCCUUGAUAGACUCUGGCAGAAAAAGAAAGUCGAAACCAAGCAGCAGUGAUUAGUAAAAACUAUAUUCGAUUACCCCUUUUCACUUCUCUUCCGAGUUGUUAUUUUUGGUCGUAUUUUUUUUGGAAGAACAAUGUUUGUGCUAUGGUAGUCAUGUGACUUCAAUCAAACAUAUGGAACUCAAAACUUAUCUCUCUAUGUUUCCUAAUUAUUAAAUAUCGUAUUUGUGAAAUAA